CUUAUUCUCUGAAGUGUCAAUUGCAGUCAGUUGAUUGCGCAGAGUUAUAUGAUAAAGACGUGUUUUAAAAAUAUAUAUACAGGAUUUAAAGUAUACAUAGAAUAUAAUUGAUGAGGAAAAAAAUGGCUGGUACCAGCAUAAUUUUUGACUUUAAAAAAUUAACGAUAUCAUUGUUUUGUUCAAUAUUUAUUGUACAGACAAUUGCAACAAUACCGAUAAAUGUAUCACCACAGAGUAUAUCUGAUUUAUUAAUACAAAGUGCUUUAAAUUCUCUCAAUCAAGACUCACCAACACGGCAUACUUACAAAAGUGGAAAUCUUAUAAAUGCACAGAAACUGACACAACCGCCAUACAUAGUUUAUCGUUUGACAUUGAAUUUAGAGACGGAUUGUAAAGAUUCAUCGUGUCCACGUGAAGUGUGUGCUAUUGAUAUCAAGCAGCAUGAACUUGGUGUUAUCGAAGCUGAAAGUAAAUCCAAGCAAUGUAUGUAUUUGUAUCCCCAAUCAAAACAAAAUGUUAAUCAAGUUUCACCAGAUAGUAUGCAGGAUCUUCAAGAGCACGAGAUUGUCGACAGUUUGGAUAAGCAAACUAAUGAUAGUGUGAAACUUUAUCAUGAGGAUCAAGACAUCAUUGAUCAGAAUGACAAACCUUUUAUAGCAGUAAGAGCAUCUCAUUACUGUCCUGGUUGUCCUUACGAGCUUAAUCCAACUCUGCCAGGUCUUGAAGCCUUUGGAGAACUUGCUGCUGUAUCUUUAGAUCAGUCAAGUACUGAGGAUUUUAAAUACCGAGUCGUCAGUAUUGUAAGAGUAACUCGUUCUAUUCCACCGGGGUCUGAUGUCGUUCGCUACGAGCUACUGCUGGAAAUGGGACAGACAAAUUGUCUUAGAACAGGAAAUAAUCCACGCGCACAAUGUACUCUUCAGACAAGUCAACCGGUUAUGUUGUGUCUUGUGAUGUUUGAUGAACGUCCGUGGCUUACUAAUAGCCGUCGAUUGAUUCGUAAUAAUUGUACAGAGUCUCGUGAUCAAAUGAGUUAUAUGAAUGGCAAUGAUCGAUCACAUUUAGUUGGAGAAUCCUUGACUAAUAAUGGCCAGAGCCAACAAGGUGAGGAACUUAAGUCUACUAUUUAUAAUCAAGCUGCUGAAAGAGGUCAGGUAAAGUCUUAUAAAAACCUUGCUGAUGAAUUAUUAGUGGUACCGAUAUCAACAUCUGAAUCGGGUAAUCACAAUGAAGAUGAGUCGACACUUACGGAACCUCCUUUUACUAAGACUGUUUUGAAGAAAGAUGAUGUCGAAAAAAAACCUAUCAGGGGAUUUGCUGAUAAAUUAAGAGAAUUUGAUGAAUUUUUGAAGGACUUUGAUAUUCCUGAAAAAAAGAUUGGACAAUCUGAACCGACAAAUUAUGGAACUGAAGUUACUGAAGAAAUAAUUCGUCCUCAAAAAGUAGAAACUGAGAUUAUGAAAGAGAAUCAAGAGCCCAAUGUAAAGAUUUCACGUAAAAAAAGAUCCUUGAGAACAGAAAUAAACCCUAUGUUGAGUUUAGCCCAGACAGCUGUUGAUCAUCUUGAUGAUGUUGAUACGGAUGAUAAUAAACGAGUGGUAGUUAAGGUUUUGGAUUCAAAAAAAGAAGAAAAAGCUAAUAAAAAUUUUUAUUCUAUCACAGUUAUGGUUGGAAUGACAAAUUGUCAUGAAAAAAAACAUGAUGAACUUGAAGAUUGUGUUACUAAAUCUAAUAACCCAUUGAAAAUAUGCAGACUCCAUGUAGUUACCGGAAAAGAGAAUUCUUUCAAGAAUGCUAAAGUUUUGGAUGCUCAGUGCUUUGACAAAAAAGAAAAAAGAUUCAAGAGAGAUCAUGAAAGUCCCAUUCUGGGAGGUGUAACUCAGAAAUCGGUUGAUGAACUAGAGAUAAAAGAAUUUGUAAAGCAAGGUUUGAAAAAAUACUCAUCUGGUUACCAAGGUACUAAUGAACCGAUUGUUGUGAACGUCGUUAAUGCAUCUCAUCAAGUUGUUGCUGGAUCACUGUACAAAAUUCUUGUUAAUUUGGGCGAGAGCAAUUGUCCUAAAGGUCAAUACGCCGAAACAUGUUUACUGGCUGAGAACAGUCCAAUCAAAGAGUGUUUAAUUACUGCCUGGUCAAGACCUUGGUUACAAGAAAAUGCACUGGACAUUAAAAUAAAUUGCGACGAAAAAAAUCGUAAGAAACGGUCGCUCAAAGGUGCAGGUUAUUCGACCAAGAUGAUGAAAUUGGCUCAAGAAUUAAAAAACGAGCGGGCUUUUGAAUCUUUUCAAAAAACAUACAAUCGUGUCUAUACUUCAGAUGAAGAAAAAGCGGCGCGUUUUAAAAUUUUUAAAAUGAACAUGAUAAUUGCUGAGACACUGCAAGAAUAUGAAGAAGGUACUGCUUUAUAUGGACCAACGAUGUUCGCUGACAUGACAUCUAAUGAAUUUCGUCGGUACCUGGGUUUAAGACCAGAUUUGAGGUCAGAAAAUCAAAUUCCGUACCCGAUGGCAAAGAUUCCUGAUGUCGAGUUACCUAAAGAGUACGACUGGCGACACUACAACGUUGUAACGCCAGUUAAAGAUCAAGGUUCAUGUGGGUCAUGCUGGGCCUUCUCUGUAACUGGUAACGUUGAAGGACAGUAUGCUAUUAAACAUAAUAAACUGUUGUCACUGUCUGAACAAGAGCUAGUGGAUUGUGAUAAGCUUGAUGAAGGAUGCAAUGGAGGACUACAAGAAAAUGCUUAUCGUGCACUUGAAGAAAUGGGCGGGCUUGAGUUAGAAGAUGACUAUCCUUAUGACGGUGAAGAUGAAAAAUGUCAUUUCAAAAAGAACAAAGCUGUUGUCAGUGUUGUUUCGGCAGUUAACAUUACCUCAAAUGAAACUCAAAUGGCCCAGUGGUUGGUCAAAAAUGGGCCCAUGGCUAUCGGUAUCAAUGCUAAUGCGAUGCAAUUUUAUAUGGGAGGAGUAUCACAUCCUUUUAAAUUUCUUUGUAGUAAAGAUAAUCUUGACCAUGGUGUCCUUAUCGUCGGUUACGGAGUUCACACUUACCCCAUAUUCAAGAAGACAAUGCCCUAUUGGAUAGUUAAAAACAGUUGGGGAACUGGUUGGGGUGAACAAGGAUACUAUAGAGUUUAUCGAGGUGAUGGAACCUGUGGUCUCAAUACUGAUGUCUCGAGUGCUAUAGUUGCUUGAGAAUAUUUAAUACUAAACUAAAAAAAUUAAGAUUAAGAAAAAAUAUAUAUAAUAAUACAUACAAUAAGUUUUAAAUACAACGAAUGCUUAUCAUAAAACAUGUGAUCUGAGAGGCAAUAAUUGAUCAAUUAAAUCGUUAGCUUUAAAAAUUUAAGAUCUGUCAUAUAAUACUCUUUAAUAAAAAAUAUUUAUAAGUUUAGUAUACUGUAAAACUCAUCUGCAUGAGACUGAAAUAUCAUGAAUGAUGAUGACGAGCAAGAAGAAAUGAUGAUUUUCAGAGUUAUAAUUUUUGUAUUUCAGUUUUUAUAAAAAAAACGCUUUUUUUUUUAAAUAUUUAUCAAGUGUUUUACCGUUUUCGAUUAUAUUAUACUUUUAAAAAGGAACUAAAUUGUUAUAUAUUUUUCAUAGUUGAUAAAUAAAAAUA